GCCGUGACGCGCGUCAGCUGACUUGAGUGCAUCGAGGACGUCGCUUGAGCUUCCCGUCCCGUGUCGUCGUCAACUCGUCUCGUCUCGUCUUCUUCCCACGAUGGCAAGUCAGUCGCAGGGCAUCCAGCAGCUGCUGCAGGCCGAGAAGAGAGCUGCCGAGAAAGUGGCUGAAGCCCGCAAACGUAAAAACCGGCGUCUGAAGCAAGCCAAAGAGGAGGCUCAAGCUGAGAUUGAGCAAUACCGGCUGCAGCGAGACAAAGAGUUUAAGACCAAAGAGGCGGCGGCGCUGGGUUCCCACGGCAACAGCGCGGUGGAGGUGGACCGCGACACGGCAGAGCGCAUGGGCCGCAUCCAGGCCAGUUACCGUGGCAACCGCGACUCGGUGCUGGGUGACCUCCUGCGCCGCGUGUGUGACAUCAAGCCCGAGUUUCACGCCAAUUAUCGCGUGGCCGGUUAAUGCGUUAGCCUCGCUAGCAUAGUGCUCCUUCCUAUGUGUUGCUUGCUGUUUAUGUUCAUUUUAGGCUGAAGUGGUAUUUCCCCAACAUGUCCAAUUAAGUUAUUUGUUCCUUUUUGUCUCUCCUCUCUCCCGAUUGGCUGCCGAUUGGAGCCUUUUAUUGUAAAAGUGAUGUUCUCCUCCACGGCUCAAAGUGACUUCCUGUAUGCGUGGGUGGGUGGCGCCCAUGUUGAGGUGUUAAUAAAUAUGAACCGGCUCACAUUGCGGUGCUGAAACAAAA